GAGGGGUUCCUGGCACGGCCGCGGCAAGUGCCUUUGCGUCCCAUCCACGGACAGGGACACCUGACUGGGGCUGCCAAUCCCUCUGUCUGAGGCACCGUAAGGGCGUCUGGGAUCUUGCCUGAGUGCUACCCGGUUUCACGCUCCCGGUUUCCCUAGGUGGGCUUUCCCUUUCCUGGGCAGGGCUUCUCCCAGGCCCCACUACCUUGCUGGGCCGGCCACACCGGCCAGGGAGGCAUUUGUGAUCCGCACGCACGCACACCCACACAUGUAUAACGUCUGUCCAGGAGCAAAGAUGGUGAAACCGAGGUCCUCAGGGAGAAGCCCCCACCUCCCUGAGCCCGGUGCACGCUCUGCGCAGGUCGUCGGGGGCUGCUGCAGAGCCCUGCUCCUCCUGUCCAUGACUCACCGCCCUGUGUGGGCUCCUGCUCCCAGCAGGGACAAGAGGGGCUCAUUUCUAGUAGCUCCCGUGAGGCUGAAGCUGAGCAGUCCGUUUUCCCCUCCCCCAGCCUUAAGAUGCAGCCCACCGCCACCAUGGCCACCGCAGCCACCACCGCCACAGUUACCCUGACAACAUCGUGGGACAAUGCCACCAACCGUCCCACGGCUCAGCCUGAUCCCAUCCUGGACAACUAUGUGCUGCUGGUGGUGGUGAUGUCACUCUUCAUUGGAGGCACGUUGGUGGUGCUGUCGGGGGUCCUGCUCCUGUGCAAACGCUGCUGGGAAGUCCAUCAGCGCUUCAACAGGGCCAUGGAAGAAGCAGAGAAGACCACCACCACCUACCUGGACAACGGCACCCAUCCCGCCCAAGACCCUGAGUUCAGGGGCGAGGACCCCGAGGGCCAAGAUGUGGAGACCGAGCGCUUCCUGUCUACCAGUUCCACUGGCCGCCGGGUCUCCUUCAACGAGGCCGCCCUGUUUGAGCAGAGCCGGAAGGCUCAAGACAAGGGCCGCAGGUAUACCCUGACUGAGGGGGACUUCCACCAUCUGAAGAACUCCCGCCUCACCCACCUGCACCUGCCACCCCUCAAGAUAGUCACUAUCCACGAGUGUGACUUGGGCGAGGCCAGCUCAGCUGCCACGCCCCACCCGGCUACCACUCCUAAGGACAGCCUGGCCAUCUUCCAGCCCCCGGGGAAGGCCCUCACCGGCCGCUCUGUGGGCCCCAGCUCCGCCCUGCCAGGUGACCCCUACAACUCAGCUGCUGGCGCCACUGACUUCUCAGAGAUCAGCCCCUCAGCGUCCAGCGACUCCGGGGAGAGUGCUUCGUUGGAUACAGGUGCCAAGAAUGCCAAGGCUGGUGGGCCCGGGACCUCGGCAGUGCCUGGGGAAGUGGGGGCAGGCUCCGGGGCAGGCACUGUCCUGCAGUUCCUCACCCGCCUGCGCCGCCAUGCCAGCCUGGAUGGGGCCAGCCCCUACUUCAAGGUCAAGAAAUGGAAGCUGGAGCCCAGCCAGCGGGCAUCCAGUCUGGACACAAGAGGUUCCCCCAAACGCCACCACUUCCAGCGGCAGCGGGCAGCCAGUGAGAGCAUGGACCAGGAUGAGGGGGACGCCCCCCACGCAGACUUCAUCCAGUACAUCGCCCGUGCUGGUGACGCUGUGGCCUUCCCACCCCCCCGCCCCUUUCUGGCCAGCCCCACCAGUCCGCCCCCCGCUCUCGGCAGGUAUUUUUCAGUAGAUAGAGGUGCUAGGGGUGGACCUGUGGGCCCCUGCCGCUCCAUCCCCACUAUGUGGCCCAGGGAGCACCCUUCUGGCCCCAUGGACACGCACACACGUCCCCCGACAAGGACCGGAGGAGGGAGGGAGGGAGAGACUGGGUAAGGGCAGGGGAGCAGGUGUGGCUCCAGAGGAUGGACCCAGGGUCCCCAAGAAGGGCCACCGUGGACUUGUGUCCACCCUAGUACUGC